ACAUAUGCUCCUCUAACUUCUCCCCUCGUGAACAAGUCGACGACCAUCACAAGGAACAAGAAGAAGACGAAGAAGACGCAACAAGUGAAGAACACGAUGCAUGUGCUGAAUGCGGUGAUUUUAGGCGCGAAAUCCAUACCUUUUGGAUCCUUCUGGUGGUUCAUCUAUGCCGGUUUCUCCUGUUUCCUCGUCCUCUUCGCCGGCAUCAUGUCCGGCCUCACCCUCGGUCUCAUGUCUCUCAGCGUCGUCGACCUUGAGAUUCUUCAGCGCAGCGGUACUCCCGCUGAGAAAAUGCAAGCAGCCGCGAUCCUUCCUGUGGUUCAAAAGCAACACCAGCUUCUUGUAACCCUGCUGCUUUGCAAUGCUGCAGCCAUGGAGGCCCUUCCAAUAUACCUUGAUAGAAUAUUUAAUGAAUAUGUGGCUAUCAUACUAUCAGUUACUUUUGUUCUGUUUUUUGGAGAGGUUAUCCCACAAGCAAUUUGUACUCGAUAUGGUCUUGCCGUUGGUGCAAAUGUCAUUUGGCUUGUCCGAAUUCUAAUGAUAAUCUGUUAUCCCAUUGCUUAUCCCAUUGGAAAGAUUCUAGAUAUCUUAUUGGGACAUAAUGAGGCUUUAUUUAGGCGUUCCCAGUUAAAAGCUCUUGUUUCCAUCCACAGUAAGGAGGCUGGGAAAGGUGGUGAACUCACGCAUGAUGAGACAACAAUUAUCAGUGGAGCUCUAGAUUUGACUGAAAAGACUGCUCUGGGGGCCAUGACUCCUAUUGAAUCAACAUUUUCCUUGGAUGUUAAUUCAAAGUUAGACUGGGAGGUAAUAGGAAAAAUUCUUGCUCGCGGACACAGCAGAGUUCCUGUCUAUUCAGGACAUCCAAAGAAUAUCAUUGGGCUUCUGCUGGUCAAAAGUCUUCUCACUGUACGGCCAGAAACAGACACCCCUGUUAGUGCUGUUUCCAUCCGAAGGGUUCCACGAGUUCCAUCAGAUAUGCCUCUUUAUGAUAUACUGAAUGAAUUCCAAAAAGGUAGCAGUCACAUGGCUGCUGUUAUAAAGGUUAGAGGAAAAGGCAAGAUGACUCCAGUAACAGCUGAGGGACAGAAGAAUGUAGAAGACAAAAUUAAUGUUGGGGAUUCACAGCUAACCACUCCUUUACUAAUGAAGCAGAAGUUGGAAAGUGUUGUUGUAGACAUUGACCAACACUCAAAUCCUCCCCAUGUCAACCAAGUUUCUUCGAGUCAGGCAACAAUAAAUGAUAUAGUUUCAGCGGAUGCUGAAGAUGAAGUGAUAGGUAUUAUCACAUUGGAAGAUGUAUUUGAAGAACUUCUGCAAGAGGAGAUUGUAGAUGAAACGGACGAAUAUGUUGACGUACACAAGAGGAUACGUGUGGCUGCCGCAGCUGCUGCUUCCUCAAUGGCACGCUGUCCAUCUAUCCGGAGAUUGACUGCCCACAAGGGAGCAGGAGGCCAAGUUAAGCAAGGGAGUACUCCAAGAAAAUCUACUGAAGAUGAAAGUAAUGUGUCAACGUCGAGGUUCCAAGGGAAUCCCGUUGAGCCUCCUGAGAGUAGGAGAUGAGAAGAGUUUGCUGCAAUUGGUGAGGUUUGGUCUGAUUCCUAUCAGUUUUGGGAGGUGCUUUCUGGGUCGGUAACAGUAUGUUAAACAAAAAAAAAAAAGAAAACAAA